AUGAAGAGGAUGCGAGAGCCUUCUGAGAAGUCAAAGAAGGCCAAGAAGGCAAAACUGGGAGAAACUUCUGCAUCAAGACCUCCAGUCCCUCUGAUUGAUUCCCCAAGUAAGUCUCUGCCUCCUCCUUCUCGCUUUGUCAAUUUAAAGCAACUUACUUCUUCUCUUCCCCAAACCACUCCCAUCUAUACUCAAUCUGAAACCCCACCUUCUACCACUAAACCCUCUGAUACUCCAACCUCUAACCCACAGUCACAUUCAUUUCAAAAAUUCAACCUCUCCACUACAACCCUACCAGUUUCUAUAGCUGAAAUGCUUAACGAACCUAUCUCACCAAUCUCAUCCACACCUUCAUCUCCACCCUACUACGUCCUAUCAUCAGACUCAGAACCUUCUGACCCUCAAUCCCCCACACUAGCUCAGAUUCAGGCACGUGCUCUUGCCUCCCAACCCCAACCUGAACCAGAAACUAACACUCCACCAUCGGAAUAA